AAAAAAAACAAAAAAAAAAAAAAAGAAAAAGGAAAAAAAGAAGAAGAAAUGCAAACUCAGACAUCUUCUCCUCUUGUCUUGGCUCAGACAAAAUCUCCAUUAACCCACAGCAUUCCCAUGGCUAACUACGUCCCACUCUUCGUCAUGCUUCCGCUUGGAGUGGUUACGAGGGAAAACGAGUUCCCAAACGAAGCUAAGUUCGAACAACAACUCAACGAACUCAAAAAAUCCGGUGUCGACGGCGUAAUGGUGGACGUGUGGUGGGGUAUAAUAGAGGCCAAAGCCCCGAAGCAAUACGACUGGUCUUCUUACGUAAAACUAUUUCAACUUGUCCGAAAAUGCCGUCUCAGAAUUCAGGCAAUCAUGUCUUUCCAUCAAUGCGGUGGCAAUGUCGGUGACGCUGUUUACAUUCCUAUUCCGGAAUGGGUUCUUUCCGUCGGAGAAGAAGAUUCCGAUGUCUUCUACACUAAUAAGUCGGGGAAUAGAAAUCCGGAAUACCUUUCACUUGGAGUUGAUAACCUCCCUCUCUUUCAGGGUCGAACCGCCGUUGAGAUGUACAGCGACUUCAUGAAGAGCUUCAAAGAGAACAUGUCGGAUUUUUUGGAAAACGGAACGAUUAUCGACAUCGAAGUAGGGCUCGGUCCAGCUGGCGAACUCAGAUACCCAUCAUAUCCAGAGACUCAAGGCUGGGUAUUUCCGGGCGUUGGAGAAUUUCAAUGCUAUGACAAGUACUUGAAACAAGAUUUCAAAGCGGCCGCAGCAAAGGCAGGGCACCCGGAAUGGGAUUUGCCAGACGAUGCAGGAACGUACAACGACAACCCCGAAAAAACGGGCUUCUUCGGGCCAAACGGGACCUACCAGACAGAAAAGGGAAUAUUCUUCUUGAAAUGGUACUCAAAUAAGCUAAUUGAACAUGGUGAUCAAAUUCUUGAUCAAGCCAAUAAAGUUUUCCAUGGAUGCAGAGUCAGAAUUGCUGCCAAGGUGUCUGGAAUUCACUGGUGGUACACUGACGAUAGCCACGCGUGUGAGUUAACGUCGGGUUACUAUAACAUGAAAGACAGAGACGGGUACCGUCCGAUCGCAAGAAUGAUAUCGAGACAUUAUGGUACUUUGAACUUCACUUGUCUGGAAAUGAGAAAUUCGGAGCAAUCGGCUGACGCUAAGUCUGCUCCUGAACAACUUGUUCAACAGGUUUUAAGUGGGGGGUGGACAGGGAAAAUCGACGUAGCUGGUGAGAAUGCUCUAUCAAGGUACGAUCGAGAGGGAUACAAUCAAAUCCUUUUGAACGUUCGGCCAAACGGGGUCAACAAAAACGGGCCCCCAAAACUUAAGAUGGCUGGAGUUACAUACCUUCGCCAGUCAGACGAGCUUUUUGAAGCCAACAACUUCGAGAUUUGUUUCUCAUUUUGCUAUAUCUAAAUAAAUAAAUUUCUCAAUUUGGCUAUGCCUCUUCCUUUACUUCGACAUACCGAUCAAUGUUAAAUAAAAUUCAACUUUUUUCCAUAUAAA